AUGGAUGAUGUACAAUGUUUUUGUGAAUUAAUUCCAAAAAUAGAACUUCAUGCACAUUUAAAUGGAUGUAUUCGUUCAUCAACAUUUCGUCAAUUACUUUCAUCACCUACGGAUCAAACGCGUCUUGACACACUUGAUAAGGAAUUUUCUGUUGGUGAUACACAUGCAAGAAUGGCAAAUGUUUUUGAAAAAUUUUCUUUACUUCGUUCAUGUGUUACGAAUUUAGAUGAUAUUCGUCGUAUAGCACGUGAAACAUUAGAAGAUUUUAUUAGUGAUAAUGUUAUAUAUGCUGAACUUCGUACACGUCCACGUUCAUUUCAUAAUGGAAAAAUUCCAUCAUCAAGUUAUAUUGAAGCUAUUCUUGACAUAAUGAAAAAAUAUGAAGAAAAAAUUUGUUCACGUUUAAUAUUAAGUAUUGAUAGAACACAAACAUUAGAACAAGCUAUGGAAACAUUAAAAUUAGCUGAAAACUAUCGUACACAUAUUGUUGGUCUUGAUUUUUCAGGUGAUCCAAAUAUAAAAUCAUUUGAACGUUUUCGUCCAGUAUUUGAUUUAGCAAAACAAAUCAAUUUAUCAACAACAAUACAUAUUGGUGAAUUACCUGAUAAGGAAUGUAUAAAUGAAAAUAAUCUAAUUAUUGAUUAUAAACCGACACGUCUUGGUCAUUUUAAUUUUCGUACAAAUGAUCAAGAACAACGUGUUUUAAAAGAACAAAUUCCACUUGAAUUAUGUCCAACAUCAAAUUUAUUAACAAUGAAUUUAUUAGAUUUAACUGAACAUCAUUUUGAUUUAUUUUAUAAAAAUAAACAUCCAUUAGCAAUAUGUACAGAUGAUAGUGGUCUAAUGAAUUGUAAUUUAUCAUCAGAAUUAUUUCAAGUAGUACAAACAUUUCAUUUAACAAAAAAAGAACUAUAUGAAUUUAUUUUUCAAACAUCUAACCUUAUUUUUGAUAAAAAUAUGAUUGAAUUUUGUCAAAAAAAGUUAAACAUUUUUUCUCAACAGUCAAAUUUAUUUUAG